AUGCAUAGUAAGGGAAAAAAGAAUCCUUUAUUCAGGGCUUCUGCACCGAGUACGCCGUUUUGGAGAUGGUUUCUGAUUCUAGAGUUUCAGACCUGUCAAAAUGAAAGUGAUUCCAGUGAUAGUUUUUCGGAUGGAGACGAGGAAGAUCAGAAGGAUUAUCGUAUGGGUGGCUAUCAUCCCGUCGAAAUCGGAGAGGUUUACUAUGACCGUUAUAAAGUAUUGUGUAAAAUGGGUUGGGGUCAGUAUUCCACUGUGUGGAUGGCUCGCGAUCUAAUUACGGGAAAACUUUACGCUCUUAAGAUUCAGAAGAGUGCCAGUGCGUACAUGGAGGCUGCUCAAGAUGAGCUCCGUCUCUUCACCGAAGUGAUGCGACGAGUCAACCAAGUGAAAGAGAGCAAUCCAGACGCAGUCGUGAACGUGGUGGAGCUGCAAGACCAUUUUCUCUUCACCGGCGUGAACGGAACGCACAUGUGUUUUGUGUACGAAAUGCUGGGCCCCAGCAUGCUAGACCUGAUCAAGCAUUACAACUACCGAGGAAUUCCUUCUUCCAUCGUCCGUCCCUUGGUUCACGACAUGCUGACCGGUCUCGCCUUUUUGCACUCCUGCGGGAUCAUCCACACCGACCUCAAGCCGGAGAACGUGCUCCUGAAAGCCCCGCUGAGCGAGCCGCCCCCCGCGCAGACGACAAUGUUCGAAUUGACGCAGCAGAAAAUCGAAUCGGAUCCCGAGGUGAUCGAGCUGCGCACCAAGUGCGAGGAUCCCUCCAUCGACGCAGAGGAGCGGCGCAAGCUGCGCACACGGCUUCGGAAAGUGCGUCAGCACAUUCGAAAGGCGAUGACGCAGCACAACAUGCCGACUCUUUGGGGCUUUUUGCAUUUUAACUAUAAGGAAGCCGAGGAUUUGGGGAAACUGGAGAAACCGGGGAAACCGGAGGGGGGUGAGAACGUCCAGCCAGCAGCAAUGCAGCCAGAAGCAGCAGAGACAGCAGCGGAGCCGCCGUCGAAGUCGCCGGCGCUGACGCCUGCGGAGUGGCAGUAUCCGGACGACUGCUUCUACAUCAAGAUGUACAUUCUGGCGCCGUUGGCGAAGAUGGUGGAGGCGUUCGGUCCGAAGCAUCGCUACGGCGACGAGAAGCGCGAGGAGUGCAGCGAAUGGACGUUCGCGUUCGAGGGCUCGACGACGGACGAAGCGAUUAACAUCUUCCAGGUGCGUGGCCACGGAAGAGAUCGACGCACGCGCCUGCACGAUCUCCGCCACAUCAUCAUGAACGAUUUUGCGAUCCGCGAUAAAGACGAACACUUAUUGUGGAGUUUGCGCUUCGACGGCCGGCGCAUCCGCACCGUUUUUUCCAUUCUGGAGAACUGGAUCGAAGGCUUCCGCGUGCUCCAUCUGCCCAAACCCAAGUUCGCUCUCUCCGCCUACGAGCACAACCUCCUCAGCAACGCCUCGCGCGAGUUCCUCCCUCCGGCGACGGCGAUUUUCCGGAACGUGAACGGCGUGCUCGUCGGACUGUGCAUUCCCCGCGUGAAAGCGGGGCUGACGAUUCUGCCGCUGGAGGAGCGGCUGUCGAUGUGGCCGUCGGACGCGAUGAUGAGCAAGGCGCUGAGCAACGACCGCAGCAUCCCUCCGUUCUUCGGGGAGAACGAUGUGAUCGGGUGCAAGAUCGUGGAUCUGGGGAACUCGUGCUUCGAGAACAAGAAGUUCACGAACGAUAUUCAGACGCGGCAGUAUCGCUGCCCCGAGACCAUUCUCUACACGCCCUACUCGUUCUCCGCGGACAUCUGGUCCGCCGCCUGCGUGAUCUUCGAGCUGCUCACCGGGGACUUCCUCUUCCACCCCAAGGAGCACAGCAACCUCUCCAAGGAUCUGGAGCAGCUGGGGCUGUUCGAGGAGCUGCUGGGCCCCAUUCCGUCGAACUUCGCGCGGACGGGGAAGCGAUGGAAGGAUUUCUUCCGCGCGGAUGGGAAGCUGAAGUACCAGAAGGCGUACGCGCCGCAUAAGAUCGCGUAUCGUCUGAAUAAGGCGGGCGUGUCGAUGGAUGAGUGCAUUCUGAUCGAGGAUUUGCUGCUGCAGAUGCUGCAGUAUGAACCGAUCAAGCGACUGAACGCGAAGGAGUGUCUUUCGCAUGCCUGGUUCUCGUACCAAAACAGUAAUUGA